AUGUCGCACAUUCAAUCGCUAGCGGCCCCUUGGUCGAGAAGCGCACGUCGCGAAGAUAUUCCCAGAACACCAGAGCCUAAUUUGAAUAGCGAAACUCUCCCACCAUCGCCACCCCGCCCCCGUUUUCGAAUCAAGAGGAGAAACGCAUCAAACCUUAAUGCGCCAACUGAGCAGUUUCUCGCGUCAGUCGCUGCCGCAGACAUCCCUAUUCCCAGCAUCGAGGAGCCUCGCGUACUUGAUGAAGAGAUGACAGAAACACUUUACCCUAUUUCGCACUUGAACGAGUUGACGGGGAUGCCUUUUACACCACAUGAUGCCCCCGAUCGCAUGUUUUCGCCCCCCAAAACUCCUGCUCCCAAUGCCUUGCCGACUCUGUCCCCAAAGCAGUACCCAAACUGGUCCAUCGACUCUACUCUUAGUAGCCUCGACUCCAGUCCUGAUUAUGAGUCCAGCCGGCCGUCAACUGCUCAUUCGACCCACACAAGCGCUUCUUUGUUAAGCUACUUUUCUAUCAGCUCAGAAGAUUUGAGCCAGUAUGCCAGCCCGGAAAACGAGAAGGCCGAUAUCCCAGAUGACGUAUCAACUGCCGACGACAACAGUAAAACCUUGAAGCCAGCCAAGAAGGAGGUCUCAAGAGAAACAAUACGAAGAGCGCCCUGGACGAAGUCUAUGAACCAGCACUUGUGGUCUACAUAUAUGAUGUAUCUGCAAGAUCCGAAAGUCACACCUUUCCGUAUUGGCAAGAGCGGUAUUCCUCCUCAUGGAGUUUGCCUACGCGUUGCUCGCGAGUCAAGAAGGAGCUGGAAAGGAUCCAAGGCUCAGGGAAAAGUUGACAUCGGAAGUGGCAGCAUUACUCCCACACAAGGAGCUGCCGGUCCGUACGUUCAGUGGCCGCACACCUGCGCAGCUACCCGAGCCCAACUUCGAGAACUUUGCAAGAUGGAUGCCAGGUCUAAGACGCGAGGCUCCCAGUACAAAGCACCUAGCCCAGCCCCAUUUAAGAAAUCUGCGGUUCGCUAUCGGAACCGUCGUACUGUACCGGCGCGCUCCCCAUCCGUCUUCUCUGGUCAAGAUAUGGCCAUCUCGUUGGCAGUUAGCACAUCGGACUCUAUGCAAUUACAUGGCCCUCUAGCCCAAUUGACCAACUCGAAAUCUGAACCUCGAAACGAUGAACUUUCAUUGCCACCACCAAACAAUGAGACAUUGGAGCCGCCAGAGUUGGCUCGCCCUCAACUGGCGUCUCCUUUUGGAGCUCGAAGCUAUGGGCCUAGCUCAUCAAGCUCGCUACCCUCAAGUUUUGUUGUGGAUUCAAAGCUACAGAGACAAACUCACACUGGCGGCCCGCGCCGUGGCUUGAUGUCACCGGUCCGACUUACACGAAGCCGAUCAACCCACAAGCGUCGACCCAACCAUUUGGAGACCCGGAAGAUUAAGCGACCCAGUCUCGGUUCCGACCUGUGGGUUGACCCGGCCUCGCUUAUCGAUCUGUCAGCCACUCAGGAUCAAUUUACGCCUCAAACUGAGCCUGAGAUCAACGCUGACGUCGUUGUCCCACGCAAGAACCUUCAGCAGCUAUUCGAAGCUUCACAACACCCACCUGCUGAACAGCAGACACUAGCACCCCCAAUCACAGAGAUGCCCCCUCGACUAGGCUCCCCUUUCGCGCUUGGAGGAUCUAGCUUUUCUUUCCCGAACCGCCUGUCGCAUGGGACCGUGCCUGAUCCCGAUGCUAAUCGCCGGCCCUUUGCUACAGUUCAACAAUCGAGCGAAAGCAACACUGGGGUUACCCGCGCUUCGUUAGCAAGCCGACUGGCCUACAUUGACGAAAGGCUUAAGGAUUUCCGCCGUCGAGAUAAACCACGCCGACGAUCCGAGUCACCACUCUAA